AUGGGCAAGAGGUCACCGACCAAGAAACCAGCACGGGCCCGCGGCCGUGGUCGCAAGACACCCACACUGUCACCUUCACCUCUAGUUUCGGACGUCUUGGGUGAUAGAGAUGGGCGUGACUCAUCUUCGCCACCGCGAAGAGAUGCCUCCCCUGCAGGCUCCACCGCAUCCUCUGCUGCAUCGAUCUCUACUCUACAACCACAUGAUAUGAAAAAGAGAGCCAAGAAGACUCAGUUUUGUUUGGAUCCUGAAGAAGAACAGAUAAUGUGUGACUUUGUGAGAGAAAAUGACAUACUGUGGAAUGUAAAGAAGACUGACUACAGACGUGUUGACAAGAAAACCAAAUUAUGGGAAGAUCAGGCUAAAAUUAUGGGAAAAACAGUGGAUCAUCUGCAAGGGUGGUUUCGCUCCCUGAGGGAUGCCCACACACGUCUUCAGAAGAAGAGUGGGGAUGGAACGCCAGACUUCACAGAGAGAGAGCAAUGGAUAUUGCAAAGUUUCGAGUUCUUGAGGGCAGUUGUCAAACAUCGGCCAGAGCGAAUUAAGAGUGUCAAGGCAACAAUUGUGGCUCAUCGAGGCAACCUAGAAGCAGCCGAGGAGGCCUGCGCCGACCUUCCUGCAGAAAACGGAUCACCCUACCCAGGUUCCUCGUCCUCUUCCCAGCAAAAGGGGAGGUGUGGCCAGGAGGAGGACGACAUUCUCCUGUCCCUUCAGAAGAGGGUAAAGGAGUCGGGAGAGCUCCUGCAGGCUCUUGCAAACCCCAGGGAAUCCAUAACGGAAACUGCAGCAUUCGCCAAUUAUGUCAGGGACAGCCUCAUAACUAUGCCAAAGCGGAAGUUCAAGAAAGCCCGCACACAGAUCAACGCCAUAUUGACCCAUUUGAUGAGUGAAGACAGUGACGAGGAAGUGCAUACAAUCCGCACGAAUGCUGUGCCUGCUUCUGGUGUUGUGCAGCAUCCUUCAGCCCCACCCACAGCUUCCACAAGCUACAAAACACCAUCGGAGCUCUGUCAACCCCCUCCACACAUGUGGACGCCUCAGCCUCCUGCAGCAUCGGUCUUGGGGUCACAGACGGCCGAUUAUGUCCAUCAGUAUCUCCAGCAGCCUCUAGAACCGCAAGUUCAGCAGAAGCAGUCUCAAGAUACCCAGCAGAGUCCCAGCGGAACGGCCACUAGCAGUCACAGUUUUGGUAACCUUUCAGGGCUGUCUGCGGUGCUUGACUUAUCUGGCCUUGAUGGUACAAGCAGCCCCAGUGAGCACCCUAGUGUGGAAAUCAGUACCCCUCAACACCCAUGAGAGAACUAGUGACAGUUUUGUGCCAUAGACAGUACUCAUAUUUGUCAU